UAGUCAAAAACACUGUGCAAAAUGCAGUUAAGAAGUUAUAUCAAUGGUCCUCAUGAUUAUCCCGUUUGUUUUGACGGAGCCUGUCAUCUUUCACUGCCUGGCCGUUGCUCCGACCCUCGUCUUGGCGAUUGUGUUCGCCGUGCUAUACUUAGUGGACCAAGUGCAUGAUCUGGCCGAACAACUAUACUUAACAUUACAAAUAUUUUUCAAUGUCCUUGCAUUUAUGUUUGUCGUGUUAUACAGUAGCCCCACCAGAACACUAUACGGACUAUUCUAUUGUCACCUACUCAUUGCUCUGAGCAUAGAUCUGUUCUUGGUCAUCAAAGAGAGAGGAUGUGCAUUUGCAGGAAGUGAUUGAAUGUUAAAAAAUGAAUAAAAUGCUUCAGAAAGCAUGUCAAUUCGUAUUAUUGAGUAGUUUUGAGCUUCGAAAUCUUACCUCUCGUCUAACAGCAACAGGUUUAUACGAUUAGAAUUCUUAGAGCUUUAAAUGUAGACAUGCAAUAAUAGCCAUUUUGUGAUAAUUAUGUUAUUAGAUUAGUUAUCUAACCUGAAUAAAAGUUUACAAGUGGGUCCGUCUCUUACUUUUAGGUAGUGGCACUGCUCCUCAAUAUACUGCCUCACGUUGUGGAGCCUCUGGACCUGUUACAUUGCUUGGUGGCGGGGCCCACUGUCAUUUGCUCCACACUCUUAAUGGUGCUAUAUAUUGUGGACCAAGUACAAUAUGAGGCAGAGCUUUAUUACGUCGUCAUUGAGCUAUUUCUAACCAUAAUAGCACUCAUAAAUCUAUUUAUUAUGGGUAAACUGAUAGGAGCUUUAUAUGGAUUGUUUUAUGCAGAUCUAAUAAUAGCAUUUUCAUUGGAUUUAUUCUACAUACGUAAAGAGAGAGGCUUGACUUUUUGAUUGUAAAUUAAAUUUUUUGUUAUCUUUUCUAUUGUAUUAUUUUAAUAUUAUGGAUAGGACUACAAGUACUGAUAAUGUUGGCAAGCUAUAUCCUGUAGUUUACACAAAUGUGUGGGUGUACGACAAAUAAUGAUAAAAAGUGGUAGCCAUUGUGCCAUAAUGAUAUAGUGUGGAAAAGAGUAAACACUGCACAUGGACUAUUAUUUCGUACAAUACAAAUGUUACGAAUUUUAUUGAGGAAAAUUAUGAGAGUGCGGCUGCGUGUGUUAUUGUGGAUUGUGUGUGUUUUUACAGUGUCACUUCUUGUUACCUUUUGGACAUUCAGUGAUGUAAAUGAUAUAAGUGAAACUAUAAUAGAUUCCAAGUAUCCUGUAAUAGUUUGGUGGAACAUGGACUUUCAUGGCAUUUCAAGCAUAAAAUAUUGCUCAAAUGGUGUAAAAUGUCACAUUUAUGGCAAAAGUGACAAGGGUGUGCAGAAAUAUAACAAUGUAGGAGCAUACUUGUUCUAUGCAAGCACAUUGGAUUUUAAAAAUCUUCCUUUACCAAGACAGCCUAAAGAUAUAAUCUGGGGACUAUUUCAUGAGGAAUCCCCAAGAAAUGUGGAGGAAUUAUUACAUGAAAAGGCGUUGAGUUUAUUUAAUUUUUCUGCGACAUUUAGUAGAUUCAGUGAUGUCCCUUAUCCAUUGCAACAUAUAGAGGCAUUUGAAGAUAUAAGAAGCAAGAAGCACUUUAUAGAGACAAGCAAGAAAAAUGAAUUACUGAAUGAAAUUGCUCCUAUUAUGUACCUGCAAAGUGACUGUGAAACAUCUACCGAGAGAGAUGCAUAUGUAAAGGAACUAAUGAAGUUCAUAAAAAUCGAUUCUUAUGGUGUCUGCUUGAAUAAUAAAGAAUUGCCAUCAAAAUUCAAGGAUGACUACUUGAAUAAUCUGAACGAAGACGAGUUUUUGGCGUUCAUUGCGAGGUACAAAUUUGUCAUAGCGAUAGAGAAUGGCGCUUGCAACGAUUACAUAACGGAAAAGUUUUGGCGUGCCAUCAAAGUAGGUUCCGUACCCAUAUACUUUGGUUCCCCUACUAUCAGAGAUUGGUUACCAAACAAUAAGUCUGCGAUAUUACUAGAAGAUUACCCCACACCAAAGAGAUUGUUUGAACACAUUCAGGUAUUAAUGCAUAAUGAUAGGUUGUACGACGAAUAUUUAGAACAUAAGACAAAACAGUUGAUUACAAACCAGAGAUUAUUGGAUGAGCAUAGCUAUAGACCUUAUCAGUACGAUGGUGUGAAAAAUAUAGAUAAAUUAGAAUGUUUAAUUUGUGAGAGGUUGCAUGAUAAAAUUAAUGGUCAAAUAGGAGUACAUAUUGUUAAUAAAAGUCACUACGAUUGUCCUAAGCCGCUGUCAGCUUUAACUUUAAAAGUAAAUCCUGACAAUAGUUGGGUGUACUCUUGGGAAUAUUCUAGAAGUAAUGCGGAUAGUAUUUACGAUAAAGUUAUUAAUGGAGAUUAAUAUUUUUGUAUUAUUUUAUUUUAUUACAUAAAUAUACAUUUUUAUAUAAAUUGUAUUGUUUAUUAUUGGCAAACACCGUCUAAGGGUGAAACUGGAUGGAUAUCGUAGCGGAUACCCCUCUUGAUGACGUGAGGAAUUGUUUUUGGUACCAUCCUGAAACACACAAAGCAUAUUUUUUUUAAUGUACAGUUUUAUACAUCAUGACAAACAAAUGAGUAAAAACUUGGUCGCAAAUAA